CAAAUAUUUUUAGAAAGUACGGAUACAAAUGUUGAUAAAACGUGGAAGAAAGCAGACAUUUAUUUUGAAAGUCCCCACAGGAACUCCUGUGUAUUGUUUCAGCUCACUUAACGCUGAGUGUAAAAAAAAAAAAAAAUCACACAGGCGAGUGGGAGGAAGACAACUUAGAAACACCGCGGAGCGAAACUCCCUCUCGUUGCAGACCGAACUGGCCCGGCGGUUGGCGGCUCUGGACACAGGCAGAAGGUGGCUACACACACCGGGUUGUAAUGAACCACAGCGGCCUAAACCCGCCCCAGCCCUCCGCUCCGUAAGCUGUCUGGAAGCUUAAACUUCGCCUCAAACUUUCGGCGGGUCUGUGCUCGCUCUGCCGUGUGUAUCUAGCCGGCCUGUAAACCAAGGCGUCCGUGCCCCACAUGUCUCUGCCUCGUCCCUGCUAAGUUUCCACAAACAACCAGGUGACCAGGGCCACCUUUGACUUCCCUGGAGACCCGCGCAGCUGACGGAGAACAGAACCCGAGAGCCGCGGAGCACAAGGACGGAUCAUGGAUCUACCCAAAGACCGCGAGACCCGGCGGGGGGAAGGCAGGAGAAACCCCGCGGCGAUGAACAGGAGAAAAGCACGGGUGGAGACUACGUACCUCGUCGGUAUUAUCUGCCUCCAAGUUCUGUCCAUCCAGGCCUCUGCCCUCCAGUUCACAAAGGAGCCCAAGUCCCAGGAUGCCUUGCACGGCCGCAGCGCCAUGCUGCGCUGUGAGGUCAGUGACCCGGCCGACAUCAGCUACGGCUGGCUCCAUGACGGACAGCGUCUGCAAAACAGCGAGAGGCGCUUCCAGGAGGGAAGCAACCUCAAGUUCACCGCUGUGGAUCGGCAGCUGGACGCAGGCAACUUUGUUUGCGCCGUGGGGAAUGCAGCUACGGGAGAGUUUCUCCACUCCACCAAUGCCGCCUUCAAUAUCAAGUGGUUGGAAAGUGGUGUUGUGACUUUAAAGGAGCCCACCUCAGAAGGGGAAAUCGAGAGCUCGGCAACGGUCACGUUGCGCUGUCAUAUUGAUGGACACCCGCGGCCGACGUGCCAGUGGUUCAAAGACGGGGUGAAGCUGACGGAGAAGAGCCACCAGAUCAACAACAAGGAAAGGACGCUCACCUUUACGAGUGCCAGUCCGGACGACAACGGCCUGUACUACUGCUGUGCCAAGAAUGCCGCUGGAAACGUUUGCAGCAGCAGCAACUUCACUCUCAACAUUAUAGAUAAGAGUUUCCCGCGGCCGGUGGUCACUCCUGAGGACCAGGUGGUGUUGAGGAACGAGGAGGCCUCGCUCCACUGCCAGUUCACUGCCGUGCCGACCCCCACGUUGGAGUGGUACCACGAAGACGAGCUGCUGGCAAACAAGUCUCGUGUGAUCCUGUUAUCCAACGGCACACUGCUGAUCACCCAGGUCAAGCCCAGGAACACUGGGACCUACAAGUGUGUCGGUCGUGGUCUCAGAGGGUCCCACAUUACGCUCGAGGCCUCCCUCCUCAUAGCUGAGAUCGAUGACAUGGUGUCCAAGAUGUCGAAGGUUUUCACAGCGGACACUCUGCAGCGGGUAGCCUGUCGUCCCCCACGCGGCAGACCUGAGCCCCAGGUCUGGUGGGAGAGAGGAGGUCAGCGGGUGCCCAUCGAGGGCAGAGUGUACCAGGACGGCCUGGAUCUGAUCUUCAGUCCCACAGAGGAAGGAGACUCGGGCACCUACACCUGCGUGGCCCAGAACAGGGCGGGGCGAAGGACACAGGAGGUCACCUUUACUGUGGCCACUGCCCCAGUGUGGGUGACGAGGCCUCAGGACAGCCACCUCGAGGAGGGGAAACCAGGUUACCUUCACUGUCACGCUCAGGCCAACCCUGAACCUGAGAUCACGUGGCUCCGCAACAACAUCAUGAUCACACCAGAGGACUCUCGAUUUAAGCUGUUCUCUAACGGCACCCUCAGGAUCAACAAUGUAGAGGUGUAUGACGGACAGAUGUACGGCUGUGAAACCAAGACUGAAGGCGGCCGAUUGUCUGGGCAAGCUCGAGUUAGUGUACUUGAGAGGCUGAAGUUCACCCCGACCCCCCAGCCUUCUCAGUGUCUGGAGCUGGAUAAGGAGAUCACCAUCCAGUGCUCUGCUAAAGGCAGAGAGAGCCCAACCAUCCGCUGGACCACAGCAGACGGAGGAGAGCUGCCACCCCGGGUGGCACAGAGGAACGGCCAGCUCCACUUCACCAAAGUCAUCCGCAGCGACGCCGGAAACUACACCUGUAUCGCUUCCAACAGCCCCCAGGGGGAGAUCCGAGCCCUUGUGACCCUCAUUGUGGCAGUGUACAUUCGCUUUAAGGUGGUACCAGAGAAUACAACGGUGUAUCAAGGUUACACGGCCAUCCUGCACUGUCAGGCCACCGGUGACCCUGAGCCUCACAUCCACUGGAUGGUCAGAGACAGGACGCUGGACAUCAGUAAGAACAGGAGGUUCCAGAAGAUGCCCAAUGGCUCCUUAGUGAUUUCAGACGUCACAACAGAUGACACGGGCAGGUACACAUGUGUAGCCGGAAACAGCUGCAGCAUCAAAGACCGUGUGGCUAAGCUGUAUGUCGUGGAAAAGCCAGUGCAGUCCUUCGAUGAAGACAUGGACAAGGCCCCCUACAAGAUGAUCCAAACCAUCGGCCUCUCGGUAGGAGCUGCUGUGGCUUACAUCAUCGUAGUACUUGGACUCAUGUUCUACUGCAAAAAGAGACGCAACGCUAAAAGACUGCAGAAAGGCCAGGAUGGGGAGGAGCCGGAGAUGGAGUGUCUGAACGGAGGAGCUGUUGAACAAAAUGGCCACACCACCGCUGAGAUCCAAGAAGAGGUGGCACUGACCAAUAUGGGUACCGUGGCAACAACCGAAAAACGGCACAGCCACGUCAACAACGACAAGCUCCACUUUCCUCGCGCAAACCUGCAAACCAUCACUACUUUGGGCAAAGGGGAGUUUGGUGAGGUGCUGCUGUGCAAAGCUAAGGGUCUUGAGGAGAGUGAGGAGGAGACGGUGGUGUUGGUGAAGAGCCUGCAGGCCAGAGAUGAGCAGCUCCAGCUCGACUUCCGCCGCGAAGCCGAAAUGUUUGCAAAGCUCAGCCACCCCAACGUCGUCCGCCUGUUGGGCCUGUGUAGGGAGGCAGAGCCCCACUACAUGAUGCUGGAGUACUACGACCUUGGAGACCUAAAGCAGUUCCUGAGAAUUUCCAAAAGCAAAGACGACAAAGUGAAAUCUCAGCCUAUCAGCACCAAGACCAAAGUUUCCAUCUGUGCCCAGGUGGCUCAUGGGAUGGAGCAUCUGUCCAAUCACCGCUUCGUUCACAAAGACCUAGCCGCCCGAAACUGCCUGAUCAACAGUCAGAGGCGCAUUAGAGUGUCGUCACUCAGCCUUAGCAAGGACGUCUACAACAGUGAGUACUACCACUACAGGCAGGCAUGGAUCCCGCUGCGCUGGCUCCCAUCAGAGUCUGUGUUUGAAGACGACUUCUCCACCAAGUCUGAUGUGUGGGCCUUUGGCGUUUUGAUGUGGGAGGUGUUUAGUCACGGAGAAAUGCCAUAUGCCAAACUCAGCGAUGACGAGGUGCUGGAAGGUCUGCAGACAGGAAAGCUGAAACUGCCUGUUCCUGACGGUUGCCCCUCCAAAAUCUACAAGCUCAUGGCCCGCUGCUGGGCGAUAAGCCUCAAGGAGCGCCCCUCCUUCACUGAAAUCGUUCACACCCUGGGAGACCUUCCCUCUGACAGCAAAGUCUGAGAUACCCGUAACCCCACAUCAAAAGGGGACCUUCGACCAACCCCCUUCUCCCCAAAAUAAAGACUGGAAUACUGGAUUAUUAGUCUCAAACAUUUCAGGGAAGCGGGUUGAGGAGGAAACACUUUUCUGAUAUGCAUUUCAAACUGUGUGUGUGUGGAUAAGACUUCGUCGGUACACCAGUUGAAAAUACGCACUUGCGUUAGCACGAACGGCUUCUUGUGAGCCGUACCAGGAGUUUAUGUCUGCCUUAACAUGGGGGACCCUUCCCGUGAGUCCCCCGUCUGGGGUUCCACUGUAACCCUGCCUGUCUGCGACUGCUCUGUCCCAGAGACGCUUUGUUUCAGAGACUCACACCCUCAGAGCCUCUAGCCCUCCACACACACACACACACACACACACACACACACACACACACACAAACACUCACCUCCAACUGCUUUGUAGUAUGUUACAGUGCUCUCACUAGCUCAGAUCAAUAGAAAUUAUUGGUCGGAAGUUCAGGAAACCCCCCAUCCCGUUCUGAUAUUUAGGUUCCCUGCUCGGUCAAGUCUGUAAGAAUAUUGAAGGGAAAAAGUGGGACCUAAUGUAACUUCAGUGCAGCUUUGAAGCUUCAACCACUUCGAAAGGUGUUGAGUGAGAUGUUUAAACUGGUCUACUUGAACGCAAAGUCCAAUCAGCUGUACCGGACCGUUCCCACGUGCCGGUGUACGUUCAAAGAAGAAAUGGAAUCUGGUUUGCAUGAAGGUUCAUCUCUCACACUUGUGAUUUGGGGACAUGAUCAAACUUUUGGGGGGAAAAGUCAUCUGUGUUAUGGUAACACUUCAGGAACAUCAAGAUCAAGUUUAUAGCCAAGGAAUAUAUUUAAUAGAGGAUUGUGCCAGUGUGGGCGUUGUACGGUUUUCUGAGUGUUCUGUUAGUGUAUUCAUUUUUUAGGUGCUCAACGGUUCUCACCCACAACCUGUGGGUGAGAACACCCGUGUCAUACCACGUGAUAAUGUUGCAGGCCUGCAGCCUAUCACUGUUUUAACCUGUGUUUCUUCCGAGGUCCAAUCACAGUUUUCCUCCAAGGUCCAAUUAUUUUGUGCAAUGAGGCAAAGUGGACCAUGGCACCAGGCAAUGUGUACAUAAUGUAGAAGCCAUGCACUAACUUCACUUAAAAAGAAUAUCCAUCUUUAUCUCUCAUGUUGUGUAGUAAAACAUGCAGGUGCCUGUUUAUUUAUGAUGAAGGUCCUGUCUUUGUUUUUUGUUUUUUUUACUAUGUUCAUAACAUAAAGGUACUUUUCUGAUGCUCUGUAUUCAUUCUCGCUGUCCAUAUCCAUGUUCGUUCAGUCUGGGAGUCAGCUGAAUAUGCUAACAGUACAACAGAGAUUAAAAGAAUGACCGCUGGUCACCAAUUUAAGUGCCUGGUCAAUGAAGGAUUAUUUUAACGGUUUCCAUUUUUGUUUUUUACAUUAUCUAAUCUAAUGCAAUGGCCUUUGUUUAUGAACUUGUUUUUAUACAUUGUUUUGAGUGUGAUGUUUUUAUGAAUUCUAGGCACUCUCACCUAGACCUCACACCUGAUUUUUAAUUUUAAUCUGCUUCAGCAAAUGUUCACAGUAAUCAUAUAUAUAAUCAUAUAUAUAUACACAAAAGUAUACAUGCUGCUGUCAAUAAAGGUUCAGUUUUUUUACCCAG